GCUCAUUUGCAACUAGAAAAGGCAGACCCGCUCAGACCCGCUUGGUGCAUUGUCCUUGCACCAGACUGCUCUCUGACAUCAGGAGAGAGCACUUGAUAAUUUACCAAUGAGAAAGUUGCUUGCCUCUGCUGAGAAGGAACAGCUUGGAGGUUGGCAUUAAAGCGAGGCGCGGAGACUUGCAGAUCCACAGCUCUAUGUUCCCCAAACGGCUUUGAACUUCUCUUCAACAAUAGGCUUGCAUUAAUACCGUAGCUGAAAUGGCAAUGUCAGUAGCCAUACCUUGUUGUCAGGGAGGUCAAGUGCUGCUGGGUUGGCAGAGUACUUCAGUCAGAAGCUGCAGCGCGCCUCCAUAUACAGUGCCCGCUGUGUGCAUGCAGACAUGCUCACACGAUUACACUAUGCAGGCAAGGUUCUUCCGGCAACAGCAGCAAAGAAGAGUAGGGAAGGCUGCGCCCCUCUGGCAGUCAACUGGCCAGCAAGGAUCUCUGGUGCGGUACACAAAGUCUGCAUUUGCAGGCAGAAGUAAGAAGCAGAUGAUCAACCGGUGCACUUCAGUGGUGGCCAGCGCUACCACUGAUCUGGAAGGGAAGAGGGAGGAGCUGAAGGGCAAGCUGCGGACGAGCCUCGAGGGCAAUAUCGGCAACUUGACAGAGGAAGAGCUCAGCAUCAUCAACGAGUUGUCAGAGAUCACUCCCGACUCUGAGCCAGCAAAGAAUCUUGAAAUGGUCAAAGGCGGCUACCGGUUGCUGAACAGCACGAUGCCGAAUGUCUUGUACCGAGGGGCAAAGCUGACUUUGGGGCGGGCAACGUUCAACAUGUAUCAGCCUGUGGAGCUCUCAAUGAUUAUGCACGAGGUCUACAACGAAGUUGACGGGGGAAAGUACUAUGAUGUAUACCAAGAUGUGACUUUGGAGCCAGAGGGGUUGCCGACUAUGCGAGCCAAGAUCCUGAACCGAGCCGAGUAUGUUCUCGAGGGUGACAAGAGAAUUUCCGUGGAGUUCACAGAGAGCAGUGUAACUCCGGCUGAAGGGACUGAUCUUACGGUCUGGAAGAAGGUUUUCAAGGAUAACCCGGAUAUGGAGGAAGAUGGCACAAUGAAACGAGUUUUCCCCAAAGGCAAGCCAGGUUGGGUGGAUAUCCUGUAUCAGGAUCAGUCCUUCAGGAUCACGAAAGGGAACUUUGGGAACAUUGUUAUUGUUGAGAGGGAGGCAUAGACAGCCUGCAAUUGUAUUUUAAUCAUGCACGCUCCUAGAGAUGGAAUAGCCUUGCUUGCUGAACUGGCACCCUUUUGUCGAAGUUUUGACAAACUCUGUUGUUGACUUGUUGAUUUUGAUUCUGAGGACAUUAAACUCUGCCGGUGUGCUAGACUGAGCUUGAAAGUUGUCUUUACUAGUGUUACUACUUCCGGCUUCUGAUCUGUUUAUAUUUGAUGCUUAUGUAUUAGGCAACACCGGAGUUGAGCUUCUAGAUAAAAAGCAGCUUGGACGGAUUUGCAUCCCUUUGGUGAGUUACGCA